CUGGGGGCAAGGACAUAGAUAUCAAACUUUAGCAAAAAGCCUUGGCAGUGUAUUUUGAAUAAAUUGUCUCAUAUUCAAAAUGUCUUGUUUUAGCAAUACUGUAUUUUUCCCUUUGUCCUUUGCCUUUGUGGAUGGAAUUUUUUUUAGGACAAAGUAAAUUUAAAUGUCCACCGUAAGGGAACUGACAGACAUAAGUGAUCUGCUGGAAUUCAGGAAUAGCACCUGAAAUUUGUUUCCUCCAAUCUUUUUUGGGUCCUUUUUCCCAACUGUUCAGGUAUUUAAAGUGCUUAAAGAGUUACAGGUAUAUUACAGGCAUGGUGAUAGCUGAGCAGACCUUUAUUGGCUGCUGUGGAUCUGGUUAGCUUUAUCACGAUUGUGAUCAGAACUGAAAUUGCAUCUGGAUGUCCAAGUUCAACCAGCUCAGAUAGGAGUGGCAGCAAAGGGGUCCCACCUGAGUUCUGCAGUUACCACAGGGGAGCCUCACUCUGCUUUCUUUGAUUUCAAUAGUUUUAAUGUAAAAGGACUGUGUAAUUGUCUCCAUUUUAAGAGAUAAUCAUCAAGAAGUUCUUUUGCCCUAUCAUAAGUGUGUGGAGAUUUGAAGAACAGAAGCAUGCUUUCCAUUGAGACCUACACUACUGUUUGUGAUACAGGAUGUCUCUAAGUGAGAAGAAUAGUGUGGUUUUUGCAUAUGAAUCUUCAGUACACAGUACCAAUGUACUUCUCAGUCUUGAUGAUCAGAGAAAGCAAGAUAUUCUUUGUGAUGUUACUAUUUUAGUGGAAGAUCAGCGAUUUCGGGCUCACAAAGCUGUGCUUGCAGCUUGCAGCAGUUACUUCCUUUCAAGAAUUGUGGGCCAGGUGGAUGCUGAUCUUAUCAUCACUUUGCCAGAAGAGGUAACCCUGAAAGGAUUUAGUCCUUUGCUUCAGUUUGCAUACACGGCUAAACUUAUUUUAAAUAAAGACAAUGUGUCUGAAGUUUGCAAAUGUGCUGAAUUUUUGGGUGUACACAACAUUGAAGAAUCUUGCUUUCAGUUUCUCAAGUUCAAAUUUUUGGACUUCAAAUUGGAUCAGCAGGAAUGUCCUAGAAAGAAGUGUUGUACAAAGCGUUGUCAGAAAACAACCCCUAAAAUUGCCAGUGUGGAUGAUGGAGACCUAGAAAUAGAUGAUGAAGCAGAACUUUUAGAAAAGGAAUAUAUUCAAAUUCCUGACACAAAGCUCUGUAGAGAUGAAGAAAAUGCUAAGGCAUCACCUGCUCUCCAAGAUAAUGUCAAUCAAGCAUGUGAUCCUGUACACUUAGAAAGGGGUAAUGUUUCCAGCUUAUCUUCCCAGUGCCCAAAGUAUAGGAAAUUCCAGAAAGCUUUUGGAAAUGACAAAGUUCAUACUUCAGAGUCCAGUUACAGUAUUAAAGACCUUCAGGUGCCACCAAUUGCAGCUUUUCCUGAGAGGGAAAUAAUCGAUAAUGAUGGCAUACAAAAAGCUCAGGAAUGCAUACCUAUGCAGCUGGUCUCAAAAUGUGAAGAGACUCAGGUGAAAAUGGAAGAAGGGGAGGAAGGCAUUGAAAAAAAAGAAGAGUCAAGGAGAGAUUCCGGGACUCAGAAUGUGUUGUGUCCUGUGGAGCAAAUGGAUCUUGCUGUUCUCCCUCCAAACUCUGCUGCACCUCAUGGACUCAGUUCUGUGUCUUUUGUAAAUACUUGUGAACAAUAUGGUAACUUGAAUUUCAGUAGUAUGCAAAACAGCACAAUCUUAGCUGAAAAAGUUGUAUCAGGUACUGGAGCUGGGAAUGACAAAAUUGAAAGUCGAGGCGACACCCCUUCAAAGGUCGAUUUGUGCACUAACAUUACAUCAGCUGGCGAUCGAAGCAGUGUGGAGAGAGAGGUAGCAGAACAUCUAGCAAAAGGGUUCUGGAGUGAUAUUUACAGCACAGAAGCCUGCCAGAUACAUUUACCGCCUACAGUUUCAAAAGAGUGUUUGGAGCCGGUAUAUUCAGGGAAAAAAUCGGAGUGUCCAUGGCUGGGUAUCAGGAUCAGUGAAAGCCCUGAACCUUCCCCUCAGCGAACUUUUACAACGUUGAGUUCUGUCAACUGCCCCUUCAUAAGCAACCUUGGUACUGAAGGAUGCUCCAACAGCUCUGAAAUAAGCAGUGGAGAUUAUGUUCAGGGACAGCAACAAGAGCAGUGUCCCUAUAAUUAUGUAGUAAGUCUGGGAGAGGAUUCAGAAACUGACACCGAGGGAGACAGUGAAUCCUGUUCAGCAAGAGAACAAGAAUGUGAGGUAAAACUGCCAUUUAAUGCACAAAGGAUUAUCUCACUUUCCAGAAAUGAUUUCCAGUCAUUUCUGAAAAUGCAUAAAUUAACUCCUGAACAAUUGGACUGUAUUCAUGAUAUCCGAAGAAGAAGUAAAAAUAGAAUUGCAGCGCAGCGAUGUCGUAAGAGAAAACUUGACUGCAUACAAAAUCUGGAAUCUGAAAUUGAAAAACUGCAAAAUGAGAAGGAGAAAUUGCUGAAGGAAAGAAACCACAUUUUGUCAACUCUGGGUGAGACGAAGCAGAAUCUGACAGGACUUUGCCAGCAGGUGUGCAAGGAAGCAGCCUUGAGUCAUGAGCAAAUACAAAUACUUGCAAAAUAUUCUUCCUCGGAUUGCCCGCUUUCAUUUUUAUUCCCAGAGAGAGAACGAACAGCCCCAUCUGACAGUGAGCCUCCAGUACCAGCAUGUAUGGAAUUAGCAGAUGGUCUUUCAGGUGUUACACCUACAAAAGAGCAGAGUUCUUGUUAUCAGUGUGUGAAAAGUGUCUGUGAUGCAACAUACAAGCAAGUACAAGAACUGCAUCCAGUUCCUAUAAGAACAUUAGAGAAAACUUCACUGGUGGAACACUGUGGACAGAGCAGUGGUAUCACAGACUUCUGUCAGCAAAUGACUGACAAAUGCACUACAGAUGAGUGAUCCUAUUCUCUUCCUGUUGCCAGCUUCAACGUUGCAAGUAAAAGUGAGAUUGAGCAUUAUUGUAACUUACUAAGUGAAAGAAAGGAUGAAACUAUCUUUUGAAACUACAUUGACAAUUACAUUGUCACUAUGUUACUUGUCAAGUUUUGGGUUUAUUCUGUGUAGUUCUAGAGUGUAAUUUGUAUGUGUCAGCCUUGGAGCUUUUUCUGUGUGGUGAUGCUAUGGAGAGUUCAGGAAAGUUGUUGGAAAGUAUAAACUCUGUGCACAGAUGUUUAUUUUGUGAAGAAGCUUUCAUUCAGGUGUAGACCAACCUUCACUCUGAUUUAUGCCACAGUAUCUAAUGCCAAUCUACAUCUCAAGGAAAGCCUAACAUGUUUAUGUACAAUGAUUUCUAUGCCUGGAAUUCUUACCUUAUAAGAUUUCUUUUUUCCUGCUAGACAAACCCGAAGAAAGCAUAUACAACUCUGUGAAUGUUUAUUUUGUAGAUGAGUUAGGGUAACAUGACAGUAUGAGGAGAUUCUGGGAAAUGUGCUCUGGAACAGCUCAUUGCUUCCUGCUGUUACCAUCCCUGAAACAGAGCCAGCUUUUACUGAAUAUAAGCCUUUGUCUUAGCUCUCCAGUAUGCAGUUAAAACAACUGUGGAGGUGCUGCAGCAUACAGCUCUCUUCUCUAAGUUUAGUGGAAGGAAUAACAACGUACGAUGAUUAGUGGAAGUCUGAUUCAAUUCUUUUAAUUAGUGUGCAUUGGAUCUUCCAGCAUCUGAAUCCCAUAUCCCUGUGUUGUGACUUACUUUAAGUGAGCACCUUUUAAGUUCACUAUUCUUUAUGGUGAGUUGGAAUCUAAGUGUUGUGAAACCUUAAGGACAGGGUUGGUUUGUUUGUCUUUUUCUUUUUAAAGUUAUUCAGGCACCAGUUCUUCAACUUCAGUGCCUAAUUGUCUAAAGUAGUCUACAGGUGUAUUUGUUCGCUCAUCACUGGGACCAGUAAACAUCUAUUGAAUUUUAGUCUUCAGGAUAUUUUUAUGGCUAAACCUGUAGUGUAUUUUCAAUGGCUUGUGCUGUAAGUAUAAAUUUAUGGAAAGGAUAAUAAGGAAAUGAUCUGGAGGGAUUUCCUUCAUGUGUUUUGCAAAGGAGAAAUACAGCCACUAAAAAUAAUUUGGGUUUUAGUUUUAUACAUAGUGGUGGAUGCAUAUUGUAUACCAAUGAUGCUCUGUUAUUUAGAGGUUAUUCUCACACCAGAACUAAGUAUGGAACCUCACCACAGGAAACUUUGAUCUUGCUGGUUUACAAAACAUGAAGAAUCUUGUACAAGCCAGUGGAAUUCUUCAUUUCCUACCUCAGAAUGUAUAUUAGCUUCUUGUCUUUUAUGUGCAUGUACCAUAGGCAGCAAUUAAGCAAAGGACUGUUGUAAAUACUACUUUUCAGUUUUAUCUUGCAGUGAGAUGAAAGUUGUUCUUUGCAAGGCUCUUUCUGUUUUUUUUUUCCUUUACUCCCCCUCCCCUUAGUAAUACAGCAUUAAUGAAUAUUUUAUGACUAUUAAGCCACUUAUUUAAAACAAAAAUUUUAAGAUUGACAGAUUUCAACAGUACUUCUCAUUAACCAGCAUGUAACACAAGUGACUACACUACCUCACCUACGGAAUUGGAAGUUGAUUUAAAUCUGCAGUGAUACCCUUGGAUUUUCAUCAAUAUAAUUACUUAUUUUAAGGGAAAAAAAUUAAUGGAGUAUAGCUUGCAUAAAUCACAGUGCUUACAGUAAUGGAAAUUCAGAAACAAAUACUAUAUGGCAGACAUUAUGUGAGUUCUACUGCUUUGGGUAUAUCUUCAGGUAAUAAAUUGAAAUUCUUUGAAAUUACUAUCAUUUAUAUAUGUUCAUAUAUAUAUAUGUAUUACUCAUGAAGCUCUCUGGGGUUUUUCUCCCAGUCUGUAUAUGCCUGGUUAAUUUAAUCUUGCCUCCUUCCUGUGCCACCCUGGGCAGUAUUUUGCUUAUAAAUCUGGAUUUAAUUUAAAAAGCAAACUAAGUUGAAACAAUAAAACAAAGCAAAAACCAAAACAGAAACCCCUAAACCUCUCUACUGUCCAUAUAUAAUAUCACUUAAAGCUGGUGAUACUCUGAAAUGACGUGGAUAAUGACAUUAAAGCAUUGUCCUAAUAGUACACUUACUCUGAAAUGGAAUUCCUUGGGGUAAAUGUUUGCUAUAAAGAGGUGGAGCAUGUGUAGAGAACGACUGCCUGUGAACUUGAAACAUAUCCAGUGACCCAGACCCCCAACACCCUUCAUGCUGUGGAUGUUGGAAAACAAGGUCAGUGACUGCGAAGUUCAGAGGUCAAAAUAUCCACCAAAGAGUUGUGCUCCACAGCUGCAGUCUGGUGAUCAGUCAGGAUCUGAAUUCUACCCAGCAAAUGGUGCAGAAUUUGCAAUGCAAAAAAACAUGGUUAUCAUUCACUAAUGAUAAAAUUCAUGACAUGUUUUUUAAAUCUAUGGUGGACUUGAUAAAGUUUGAGGGUAGGUUUUUGCCUAACUGGCUGCAUCUAAAUAAUUUUAAAAUUAUUUAUUUAAUACAGUAGACCUACAAGUUGCAUGUUGACUUCUAUAGCCUAUAUCAUCAACUUGGAAAAGUUAAGAAUUAAUGAUAAUUUUAUGAUACAAAAUUCUCAGGUAAACGUUUUGAAGGGUUGGGGUUUUUUUGUUGUUUGGGUUUUUUUUGGUAAAGAAAGACUCGAUUUUGAAAUUGUAAAAUACUUUAAAAGCAUGUUUUAAAAUACUUUGGACAGACUGUCUUAAAGCCAUAAGAGUAUGAUGGCAUACAGAUUGUAAAAUAAACAGAUAAUUACAACAGUUGAUUUUGUAUCUUUCAUAAUUCAGUAUUUUCUAAGAUACAAUAAAAACCACUAUCCUUUCUACAAAGGCCUUUCUUUUUUGUACAGAUCUUUUGCAGUGAAAAUUCUUUACUGGUGCAUUAUUUGCUCAAGUAGUACUAUUAAAACAUAUCUGAAAACAGUAGCAAAGUAGUCUAAGUUAUCAAAUAAUCCACACAGUAGCAAAUACUGAGUUGGAAUAAAUGUCCUGUAAGGUUUUUUUGACUGUUGUGUGUGUGCUGUUCUCAUUGUGUUUUCUAGGGAAAUUUUAUUAAUACUUUUAUUUAAUUUUUUACAUUAUUUUAAGGGAGGAAAGAGGUAAACAGUUGAUUAAUGGGAUAUUUUAAGUUUGGAACUAGAAGAAACUUGGUGUUUACAUGCAUAGUAUAGGCCAGGGCAUGAGACUGAGAUUUAUUAUAGGGGAUGUUGUAAUGGCAUGGAUCUUUAAGCUCAGGAAAUAUCUUUUGAAUAACUGUAGAUCUGUUGGGUCCUGUUAAAUAAUCAGAAGCAUUGCCAAAAAAUUAUUCUUUGAGGAACUGCAUUAAUCCUAAUCUCUGUCCAUAGCUCCUAAACAGUAAACUGUACUGCAUUUUACCUUGCUCUGAAAGCUUUUUAUUAGUCUUCUUGCAUUUGCAGUAUUUGUGACACAUAUUUUUGAUGCUUUCAAGUCUAAAAUUACUUGAUCUCAGCAGCAUUAUGUUAAAACACUUUGUGUGGGGAAAAAUGCUGGAAAGCAAGAUGAUUAUGAGAUUCAACUUGAUAAGGCAGUAAAAGUUGUCUCUUUCUCCAGGAGAGUUUUGUUCUUGAAAUUUGUAGUCACUUGGAUUUAGUUAACAUAUUCUACAUUUCUGAAGACCUAGAUGCUACGUUGCACAAGAAUGUUAGUGUGAUUCCUCUUUGAGGAGACUUGAUGCAGGAGGAGUCUGAUAUGUUUUAAACUGCUUUUAGUAUUUGGCAAGAAACAACAGCAAUAAAAGCUGAAGGGUACAUAUGCCAGAGAUGUGUACGGCACAAGCAGUUCUGCCUCUGGGUCUUUUUUAGGAAGUAUGAAAUGAGGAACUGCUUGAUAACUGCACCCUUUCUGUGAACUCUGGGUUUUUAUCUGGGCACACAGGAGCUAAUUGAAAUUUGUUUAAAGUGAAAUAGCAAAAUUUCUCCAAAGGCUGAAAAGAAGAUAAAAGCACCUAUUUUAACUGAAGCAGUUUUUGAAUGUAUUUCUUUAAUACUUUCCUGACAUAAUAGUUUAUCUUCAUGAAGCAAAGUGCGUGUUGUCCCUUUUUAGCAAUGAAAUAGAAUGGACGACCUGGACCCUUGUGCGUGUUGAAUAGUCUAUUGUUUGGAUAAUUAAAAAAAAUUAUUUUUUUUUUCAAUAAAAUGAGCCUCAAAUGUAUGCAGCUGCAAUUCACUAGCACAUGUAAAGGAGAGUUCCAGUGUUGGCACAUGCAGGUUUGCUACCAGUUGAACUCUUGUGGAGAGAACUAAAGAAGGGAAACUGAGCUGGUUUAAUAGAGGUUUGAUAAGCUUCAGGAAUAUUGCAAAAUUCUGUUUAGGCAUGUGUUGUACUUGUCAGACCUUUUAAAUUUGUGUACACCACACUUGAUAUUUUUACUUAAUUUUAGUCCUUCUGAAUUGCAAAUACUGGCCGAUUAUGGAUAGCAGUGAUCUUUAUUUUCCCACCUUUAGGUAACUGGGUGGAGGCUGGGAAAUUGCUGUUGACCUCAGAGACUGAAGUUUAAACAAAUGUUUCUGUUGAGAACAAGGUGGUGUGUGAAGGUGUAUGAAGGCAGUGGCAUUUGUUGCUGGGAAAUAUUUUGCCAUGUCAUUGGUUGAAAAAAUAAUAAAAAGUAUUGAUUUUCCUGUUGAGCCAAUAAAGUUUCAGGGUAGAACUUUGUCAGGAGCACACAAGAACCUAUUUUUUGUUUUCCUCAUUUAGAAAAGGUAGCCUUUUACUUUUCUAUCCCAUCUCCACUGUUUUGAAGAAAAGUGGGAAAAAAAUGUUUGUAAUAAAACUCAUUCAGAGUAGUGUAGCUUUCUCUAAGGAUACUACUACUUAAAAAAAAAAAAGUAAAAAGCUUUCAUAAAUUCUAGGUACAUAGGUACAUAUACACAUAGUCUCUGUUACCAAGAUUUUGUUUUAAGGGGUGUGAGAUGUCCCAAUAAUAGGUUUUGUGAGGUAAGAGAGAAACUGGAAUCUCACAUUACUUUUUAGGACAGUGUUUUGACUUGCUAUGUGCACAAUGCUUUGUUAGACAUUCUGGGCUAUGAGGAGGGAUAGCAUCACUGAAGCAGGGUAGAAACAGCUUUAGGUUAUGAACAUAAAACUGCUUGGUAAAUUAUAUUGUCUAAAUGUUAGGUUUAAUUAUUCUAUAAUGUAUUGCUAAUACUGCCUCACACUUAAGUGUUAGUGCCAACUGGUGUAUAUGUUUAUGGAAAAAGAAAAACAAUUUCCCUGAACUCAUUAGAAAUGCACAAUAAAGGUAUUGUGUGCACAGAGUGGUUUCUUUCCCUUGUCAGCUAGUGAGAUGCUUUCUGAGUGCUACAACCAGUAAAGACCUUCCAGCUUUCUAUGUAACUAUAGAUGUAUAAAACCCCAUGAGGAUAUAGGUGAAAAUGAUCAAGUUUUCAUAGGUUCUAGUAGUAAUUUAAGACUUGUAAGUCACACAUUUUGGAAAAAGUUAUCAAUGAACAUGUUUGUAAUGCCUAUAGGGGAUAUUAGAAAAGUGUCAUUUGCUUUUGGGAUUUCAGUUAAAACAUAA